AUGAUGCGGUCUGGUACGAAAUCCGCCUGCUUGGCAUUGGUCUUCUUGGGUCUCAUGACCUUAGGCGACUCCAUCACCGACAGUCUUCUCCCCGCUCUCGCCGAUGACGCUCACACCCAAUCAGGUCAUUGGAACCUGGGGACUGCGGCUCUUGUGCUCAAAGGCGUCUCUGGUCUAAGCAUCAUGCCAUGA